AUGCGAUCGAUUUUUCUUAUCACCCUACUGGUGGUGACUACCGCAGCAUUCGCUGCCGUUCCACGCAAGACACGGAACACACAAGCCAGCCAGCAGCUUGUGGCUCAUCUAUUUACCCGACAAUUCGCGGGAGCAAGGAAACAACCAUCGGUAAGCUCUGAUUCCGGUGCGAGCCAACGACAAAUUUCCGAACACUUCUUUACCACAAAUGUCGAUCAUUUCAACGCUCAAAAUACCGAACAAUGGACGUUGCGGUAUUUUGCUUCAACCGAUAACUACCGACAAGGUGGUCCCAUUUUGACUUUCCUUGGCGGGGUCUAUCCUAUCGUACCAGAGUUGAUUGAUGAGACAACGCUGAUUUACGAAAUGAAUCCUCGGUUUAACGGGCGAAGUCGAGUCACUGAAGAUGUGAGCACCAACAAUUUAAGCCUGCUGAGUACUGAUCAAAUAUUGGCAGAUUUGGCUGAAUUCGUGACUUACGUGAAGCGCGAGCAUGUUGGAGACAAAACGGCUAGAGUUCUGGUUGCAGGUAUUGAGUUUGGCGGAUCGUUGGCUGCCUGGUUCCGGGUUCGAUAUCCACACUUAGGAAACGCUGCGUGGGCUUCCAGUGCAUUGAUGCGUGCCGUGCCUAAUUUCCAAGAUUUCUCGGAAGCCUGGGCAGAGGCGUUGAUCGAACAUGGUAGUUAG